AUGUACUCGCCUGGCCUCCUCUUUGCUAUUGCUUGCUUACCCCUGCUGGGUGUUGUCGGCCAAAAGACACUAUGCGACACCGAGUGCCAGAAGGGAUGUGAUGCUGCCUGCCAAGCUGCCAUCCGAGGAGCAUAUGAAGCCGAAUCUCGUUCUUGGGUUGGGGAUGUCCUGACCGAUCCCUUCUUUGUGACGACUAAUACAUCCUCCGCUACACCGGGGGACCUGAUUCGCUGGCAAGAUAUCCCUUCUUCACAGCUCGCCAACAACUGGACCAUUCCCGCAAGUCUGUCUCUGUCACGAUUCAUGUACGUGACGGAAGACGUGGACCGCAAGCCCAUACCCGCUUCGGCGUGGGUGCUUCUCCCAUUCACGGCCACCGGAGACGGUUGCGGCAAGAAACUUCGAACUGUGGUCUGGACUCAUGGCACAGCCGGCCGCAGCCGACAAUGCGCGCCGACGAAUAACAGGGGCCUCUACUACGACUGGCAAGCCCCGUUCGUCCUUGCUGAGAUGGGCUACGCGGUCAUCGCCCCCGACUACUCAGGCCAGGGCUCUGAUAUUCCCCAGGGCUUCAUGUACGAGGCGGGGUUUCUUCACGCUGCUGAUGCAGCGUACUCUGUCGUGGCUGCCAAGAAAGCUCUCGGAACCCUCCUCGGCGAAAAAUGGGUUGUGUUUGGUCACAGCGAGGGUGGCAUGAGUGCAUGGCGGACCAACGAGCGGAUGGCUAUGGCGAAUCAGGAAGCGCUGAAACAGGCUGGAGAGCUCGUCGGCUCCGUGGCUGCAGCUCCCGCACUACGGCCGCAGAAGCUGAUCCCGGAUUCCAUGAAGCGAGCAGGCAACGGGCCGGCUAACGACCCGUUCUCGGUAUACUUUUUGCAGUCCCUGUCCAAGUUAUACCCGGAUCAGAUCAAGAUUUCAGACUACCUGGGCGAUCUCCCGUUGCAGCGCCUGGGAGUCCUGGACCAAUCUUGCAUCAUAACCGGCUCUGCAGCAGUCGGCAACUUUACACCAACUCAGCUGUACAAGAAUCUGGGCUGGCUUACCCACCCAGCAACAGACGACUGGGCGGUGAGAUACAAUGGACAAGGGCCGCACCCACUAGCUGCGCCAAUGUUGGUGAUCCAGGGGAUGGCUGACACCACGACCCCAGCUAACCUGACCAUGGCGGACUUUGACUUGACAUGCUCGACCUACCCGGAGAGCCGUGUUCAUGCGAGGCUGUAUCCUGAAAUGGCCCACGGGCAGGUCUUGGAGGCUGCCAAGGGGGAUAUCUUGGCAUGGAUUGCCGAGAGGUUCGAGGGUACUCCAGUAUCGCAAGGAUGUUCUAAAGAGAACGUGCAGCCACUUACAGAUCGGUAUGGCCGGGAUGGGGUCUUUUGGACAGCCAGUGUGGGCCAGUUUUAA